AAUUGGGAGUUUAAAACGUUCAUACUCUUGAGUUUUCCGUAGUGACGUAUAUGUGUGUCGACAGUUCAUUAGCCUCAACUGCGACGGUGCGGUAAAGUAAAUAACAUGGAAGUCUUCGUCAUUUCUCAUUCUUUACGAUUUAUUAAUCUUUCUGUCGUAAAUGGAUCGACAGUAGGGGAUCUAAAGGGAUUGCUUGUCUCCAGUGAAGGAAUCCCGUCUGAGGAUUUCUACGUUAAACACAAUGGCCAAAUAUCAAACAACGACAACAAACUCCAAGCUGGAGCAGUUUAUCGCCUGGAACUUCGUCUGUGUGGAGGCAAAGGGGGUUUCGGCUCUAUGCUGAGAGCGCUUGGGGCGCAGAUUGAGAAAACCACUAACCGCGAGGCAUGUAGGGAUUUGAGCGGACGGAGACUGCGCGACGUCAAUCACGAAAAAGAGAUGGCCGAGUGGCUGAAGAAGCAAGCGGAGCGUGAAGCGGAGAAGGAGCAGCGGCGUUUGGAGCGCAUUCAGAGGAAGCUGGCCGAGCCGAAGCACCACUUCACAGACGCGGACUACGAACAGCAGUGCCACGAUCUCUCCGAGAGACUGGAGGAUUCUGUGCUGAAAGGCAUGCAGGCCUCAUCCAGUGGCCUAGUGCAGGCAGUGGAAGGGCCAACUCGCAAACGCCCGGCUCAGAAACAUGGCCAUGCCUCAACAAAAAGGAAUCGUUUCUGGACUGGUCUUGAGGACCUGGCCAGCAUAGACAGUUCGGAUGGAGACAGUGAUGGCUGUGAAGCUGAAACAUCUUCCUCCAGCUCAACUUCCGUCUCUGGGGCUUCGGGCAGCUCUCCACCAGCUGCAGUACCAGUAGACUCCAGCAGGGGGAAUGGUGAUCCCAAGCCUGGGGCUUCCGACAGCUCUCCGCCAGCUGCAGUACCAGUAAACUCCAGCAGGGGGAGUGAGGAUCCUGAGCCUGGGGCUUCGGGCAGCUCUCCACCAGCUGCAGUACCAGUAGACUCCAGCAGGGGGAAUGGUGAUCCCAAGCCUGGGGCUCCCGACAGCUCUCCGCCAGCUGCAGUACCAGUAGACUCCAGCAGGGGGAGUGAGGAUCCUGAGCCUGGGGCUUCCGACAGCUCUCCGCUAGCUGCAGUACCAGUAGACUCCAGCAUGGGGAGUGAGGAUCCUGAGCCUCAGGACCAUCCCAACAACAGCAGUCACACCAGCAGCCCAGCCACCUGCUCCCCCUCCCACAGCCAGGAGCGAGUGGGAGAGGAGGAGGUGGGCACACGGGAGUGUACCCCAGAAGAGGAAAGCACACACAACAGCGGCGGUGGGCAUGAAUCCGACGAGGCUGUUGUCACGGACACCAAAGACAUGGGGGAGAACGACAUCUGCCCACCUGAAAGUGAAGACACACAGCCAGCUCAGCCAGUGCAGGCAGAGGGCCCAGUGGACCUGCUGUCUGUGACAGGGGUGGAGGAGCUGGAGGCCCUGGGUCUGGAGCAGCUGAAGGCGGAACUGAUGCGGCGGGGGCUGAAGUGCGGGGGGACACUGCAGCAGCGUGCCGCGCGCCUCUACUCUGUCAGAGGCCUGCAGCCAGAUCAGAUUGAUCCCGCACUCCUAGCCAAACCCAGCAAGGGCAAGAAGAAAUAGCCUGGACAAACGCAUCAUUUUGUUUCUAAUAUUUACUCUAUAAUUUACUCUGUUUUUUUAAAUUACAUUUACUUGGAGGUAUUUCAUUAAGAUUUUGUCACUUUAAGAUCGUCAGCCAUGUGCUCGCUGGUUGAAAGUAGGAUCUAUGCUCCAAGAUUCUGCUUAAUCAUCCUAUUUUAAAUAACCUCUUAAUUUGUUAAUAAUGAAUACAUGGAGAUGUGUUCUGUGUAGAGAGGGAAGAGAUGAAUGCACUGUGUAAGAUUUCAGGCAUAUAAAAUGGAGAAGUAAUAUGUCAAAUACCUAACUAUAAAAGUUUCAGUUAAUUUUUUUUUUCACCAUUUACUGUAGUUGUGCAUUUUGAUUUAGUAAAGUACCAUUUCACACUUCUAA